UGGCAGGCCAGAUUCGACGACGGGGACGACUGGCAUUGGCUGCCAUGUUCUAGGCCAGUUCCGAUUUCUCGGCGGCAGACACCAACUUGGAAGCAUGGGAGGCGGUAAUGGACAGAAGAGUGCGGCAGCACGUGAACGCAACAACGCCAAGAAAGCCAAGGAGGCGAAGGCCAAGAACGCUCCUGAAAUGCGUGCCAAGAUUGAAGCCGACCGAACGGCAGUCAAAUGCAAGAUCUGCAUGAUGACGUUUAUGGUGAACGUGGGGCGUAACCAAUUGAACGACCACUGGGUAAGCAAACACCAAGACAAAGGCUUCACGCUUGAGCAGUGCUUCCCUCACCUGGCGUAAACUCUCACUCCAUCAACACACCAUACCAUGCCAUUGUGGAGGAUCAAUGGCGAGACCAUUGCUUUUAUCUAUCCCCGUAUUGGCUAUUUAAACGUGUGAUAAGUAUUUUCGAUGGUCAUGCUGUUAUCAUCGCAUCGUCCCUGCAUGCUCUA